GCAGUACAGAUGUAAUUUUCAUGUAACUUCACACACUGUCCUAAAAAAUGUGCGGUUGUAUCUCUUUGUCAUGUCAUGGUGUCAUAUUUGCCCAAGUAAUCAUUUUAUGAGUAAAUAUGUGGCGACAUCAUGGAGGUAAAGCUCACUUAUUCCAUCAUUAAACUGCACAGCUGCAGUACUACAGCCAGGCCCGCAGAUGAGGGGCUUCAGUUACCACUGUCUGCACGGGCGCAGUACCUACUCUCUGCCUGCGGGGGUCGUCUUUGCCCACCGCUCGUCUAGUGUGUCCGAAUUGGGCCAACGUUUUUAGUAUGUAGGAGUAGGAUCUAGCAGUAGUAUGUAGCAGUAGCAUGUAGUAUCCGAGCGGGCAGUUCGGACGCAGCAGGUGAGAUGGCAGAGGGAAGUGACGGAGUAGGAAGUGAGAUGGAGGAGGGAGUUUGGAAUAUUGCAGGUGAACAGCGUCUGAACAGGAAAAAACGGAAGAAAGUAGCAAAGGAGGCAGCAAGGAGAGGGGAUUAUGAUUCAUCGGUUUCGACCAGUGAAGGGGAGCAAAGUGCAAGGCCAAAGCAAAUUGAGGAAUACAAAGUAAUUAUUAGAAUGACUCAGGAAGGACAAUCGUUUGGUGAGUGGAGCCCAGUUAAGCUGACAAAAGCCAUACAUAAAGUUCUUGGGGAAGUAAAAAGGGUGAAAGUUCUGCGAAGUGGGGCAUUGCUGGUCCUGUGUAGGGAUGGAGCACAGCAAGGAAAAGCAAUAAGAAUGAGUAGAAUGGAGGAAAAGUCUGUAGUGUGCUCGAUGCCAGAAGUGAAGAAAGUGGCUGUGGGGGUUAUAUCAAAUAUUCCCACGGCUAUUACCUGUGACGAGAUCAGAGAUAAUAUAGAGGGGGCAAGAGUGCUGGAAUUGCAGAGACUAAAAACAAACAGAAACGGAGAGAAGACGGACAGUCUCUCUGUCAAAAUCAGAUUUGAGGAACCAAAGCUGCCAGAUAAAGUAUACAUCGGAUACAUGUGCUAUGACGUUAGGCCAUUUGUCCCCCCACCGCUUAGAUGCUUCAAGUGCCAGAAAUACGGACAUGUUGCAGCGGUCUGCAGGGGUAAACAGAAAUGUGGGAGAUGUGCAGGGGAUCAUGAAUACGGUAAAUGCCAAGAAGGGGCUAAGAUAAAAUGCUGCAACUGUGGGGGGGAGCACACCUCGGCGUAUCGAGGUUGUGAAGCAGGCAAGAAGGCGGCAGAAAUUCAAAAAGUAAAAACAUCGAUGGGAAUAUCCUAUGCAGAAGCAGCGAAGAAAGUGGGGGCGAACUAUAUAGAUCCAGCAAAAAUGGUGAGGGCUGACGCCAGCAACAGAGUUGAAGCGAAUGUGUCUAAAGCAAAAGAAAAUACACUUACAGUGAGUAAGAAUGACUUUGUAUUAUUUAUGGUGGAAGUGAUAAAUUGCUCAGCGCAAACAAACAGCAAAACGGAGAAGAUCAAGAUCAUUAUCAAGGCUGCAGAGAAGUACCUUGACAUCAAGGGGCUAAGUUGUGAAAAGGUUCAGGAAACAUUAGCUGGAGAUUAUUAGCUCCCAUUAGCUCCCUUCUCAUGUUGCAGGAAGAACGUAAGCGCCCGCCCCUUGUCAAUCAGUCACCAUAUAAUUUUGGAUUGGUUGUUGUGGUGAAGUUUUCCACCAAUAGGAGAGAUGUUGUGGUGUGUUUUUUUUUCUUUUGACAAGCCUUUUCCGCCUGUAAGACCUGUCGCUAAUGUCUGCAUGCUAUGUUUUCCUGUCUCAUACAGCGCGAUCGAGCGCCGAACGUGAUCAAAAUAAGCAGAAAAAAAGUAUCGCGGACAUAAUUUAUCAUAACUCUUUUUUUUGUUUUAUUUGGCCUAUCAACACAAUUUAAAAACUGGUAUAUAGUUUGAGGUCCUCACUUUUGAGAUAAGUUGAAACGGAGAGUCAACGAGGCUCCGUCUUGCAGCUACAUCCGGUUAAAUAUGUCAUGUGACUUGCACGCUGGGGAGCGUCAAUCGACUGCAGAGCCAGCAGACAAAGUAGUUAUGGCCACUGAGAGGCACACAUUUGUCAUAUUCUAUAACAUAUUUUAAUGCUUUUUCUAUUUAAACCUAAUGGAUCUAAGGUUUG